GUACAAACAACCGAUCAUCGAUAAGCCUCAAACUUUCUCCGUUUCCACUGCGUUGUCCGCCAUGUCGUCCUCCAAACGGAAUCCGGAAAAGCAAGCAAAGAACGAAUACAUCCCCCACUUUAUCGCCAAAAAGCCCUUCUACCUAGAAGACAACACCGAAGGAGACUAUCGUAAGUCCGUCUCAAUUCAUUACCGGCGACCACGGAGCUAACAGUCCAAAAGUCGAGCAUCAGCGCCUACAGAAUAAGAAAGACCUCGACCUCGCCAACCAAAAAUGGUACGACAGAGGUAAACGCGCCGGUCCGGCUGCCACCAAGUUCCGUAAGGGAGCCUGCGAGAACUGUGGAGCAAUGACGCACAAAGUGAAAGACUGCCUCUCGCGGCCACGGAAGAAGGGUGCUAGGUGGACUGGCCAAGACAUACAAGCCGAUGAAAUAAUCCAAGAGGUGGAGCUAGGUUGGGAUGGGAAGCGGGACCGCUGGAACGGCUACGAUUCGCACGAGCACAAAAUGGUGGUGGAAGAGCACAUACGCAUGGAGGAACUCCGCCGUGAGAGCGAGCGGAAGAGUACCGAAGAUGCGGAAAUGGAAGGUGGGGGCGAUGAGGACAAGUACGCAGAGGAAUCCGAAAUGCCCGGACAGACGUACGAUGCUGCAAGCCGCAUAUCCACCCGGAACUUGCGGAUCAGGGAGGACACGGCAAAGUAUCUCCUCAAUCUAGACCUCGACUCUGCUAAGUACGACCCGAAAACGAGAACCAUGGUUGACCGCGGCGCAACCCAGGACCAAGCUGCCGCUCUAGUCGAAGAAGACAACUUCAUGCGCUCUUCUGGCGAUGCCGCAGAAUUUGAACGUCUCCAGCGCGCGGCCUGGGAAUCACGGGAACGCGGGAACAAGACGAAGAUGCACCUGCAAGCAAAUCCCACCGAAGCAGAACACAUCAAGAAGAAAGAGCAACAAGUCGCGGAGGAGAGACGUGCGAGGGAAAAGAAAGCGCUUCUGGAACGUUAUGGCGGCGAGCAGCACUUGGUGGAUAAACCGCCCGUACUCGAAGAGGAGGAGAGGUACAUCGAAUACACCCCCUCCGGGCAGGUCAAGGGCCGGGAAAAGGCCGUUGCGAAGUCGAAGUACACGGAGGACAAACUCAUCAAUAAUCAUACCGCCGUGUGGGGGUCCUGGUGGCAGAGCUUCAAGUGGGGUUUUGCAUGCUGUCAUUCUACCGUCAAGAAUAGUUACUGCACGGGCGAAGAGGGGAUUAGAGCUGCCGAAGAGGCCGAUAAGUUGCGCUUGGGAUUGAUGGAGCCGCCCGCUCCGCGGAAGGCCGAGCAGGAGAAGCAAGAGGAACAAGAGGGGGUAGAGGAGGAGGACGCUGUGAAGGACAAGUCUAAAGAAAAGGAUGGAGAGGGCCACGUUGAAAAGGGGAAGAGAAAGCUCAAGGAAUUGAGAGACGGCGUUACGGAGGAAGAUAUGGAGCAGUACCGGAAACAGCAAAAGCUCUAUAACGAUCCUAUGGCGAACUUUGUAGACACGGUAUAAGUUGGUUCAUUCUCGGUAUUUUGUCAAUCACUUUCCUUCUUUCUUUCCAGCUUGGGUAUUUUCUUCAUUCACUUUUUCUGUGCGUAUGAUAGGUGUCAUUCAAUCGGUGUACGGAAUUUCCACUUUGUCUAUUAAUUCACAAUCAAACCCGCUAGGUUAGAAACAAGAAAAAAGGUCAAAAAUCUCAUGACAAUAAUGCAAACAA